AUGCCCAGUCCUGGCCUCGCUGGCACGUCUCCAGCCUCGCCAGAACACUUGGAUCGGCCGUUAUUUAAGUCCCACAAGUCACUGCCUCGAAAAUCCGAGCUGGCGCCGAAUAAUGACCAAGGCAUCCACAUAUCCACUGACCAAAAUGUCCACCCUUCAAAAGGCGCUGCACUGGCUACGGCUCCCGCCCUCCCUCUAACCCCCCCUGGCGUUAGUCAAGACGAAACGCCUACCGCAAGCGAUUCGGAUAUCCCCCGAGGCGCUUCUUCUCCUCGGUCCGUGAAUGGAAUAAUGACUCCUUCCAAGCCUUCGCAUCCUCCAACCCCCGAAACGACACCACCAAGACUCACUCCUCACCGGCCGGGUCUCAAUCCCGCGGGUCAAACACCUUCCUCGUCGCGAGCGGAGUCGUUUCAAACGGCCUACGAGAUGAUUUCCGAUGCCGAAACCGAGACGCCCCGUCGCUCUUCGCAAUCCCUCCAGCGCCCAGCAAAGCAGAGAACGCCGGCGAAGAAUGGAUCCUUAGAGUCACCAACCGAUGCCCCAAGCUCCGGACGGAAAGGUCACAAGACGGAACGCUCUGGUCGGCCUCGACGAUCAAAAAAACAGCCUUCGAGUCCUCACCCUGUGAACGAUGCGGGUGCGAACACUCAUGACAGUUUGGAGGUUCCCCGAACGCGCGUGAACGGCCUGAGGGAACGAGUCCACGACGAUUCCCCCGAGCCUGGCGCGAAUCCGUCGAUGGAGAACUUCCGUGAUCAGAUCGGGUGGCCACCGGGGGAACGUCCGGCGGACCCCGUCGAUGCCGACGAUACUCGCAGACACUCGGGCGUGUCCACGUCGUCGACCAUCGAAGCCAUGAUCAUUGACUCGCCGCGGCCAACCAAGCGAACUCUGCGCCACAGCGAGAAGAGGGUUUCGUUGCGAUCAGCCAGUUCCCCCGUCACGCGCUCGGAGCGAUCCUCGCUGGCUUCAAACCCCGAUUCUCAUCACCGUUUAGUUCACAAGAUUGCGCGCAUCACGGAGAACGAUCGUAAGAGUAUCGCGUCGGACAUUUCCGCAUCGGGAAGCUCGACCUUGGGAGCUCCUCAACAGAAUUACGAGGUGGUCCCCGUGGUUGUCAUUCCCGACCGACGCUCUUCACUCAAGUCUUCAGCGUCCACGAGCAGAAACCCCUCGAAGAGCAGCUCUUCUCGACGAUCGCGCGCGCCACCUACCUUAAGUAGUCGACCGGGAUCGAUUGAUGCUCCUCGCUCGAGAAAGCGCACCAUGUCCGAUUCAAGUGCCACGACUCGCCCAAGUGUAGGCUCCCGAGGCCGCAGUCUCAGUCGGCCAGUGAUUCCGCCGCGUAGCUCGUCCUUGUCAGCGCCCACGAGCCAGAACAACUCCCGGUCUACGUCACUUACCUCGGAGAGCUUGCGGAAUCAUACCUUGGCGAUGGAUCUCGAGACGCAGAACAAACCCUCCGAACCGCCGGUCUCUGUGCCUAGGAAGCAGGCUCGUGAUUCCGGCGGAGCCCCAGAGGUUUCCAACAAAACCCAUUCGAUCUUGAUAGGAGUGGAGGAUAUGUCUCAUCUACGUCCGCCGUCGGCACCUUUCACGGCCAUCUCGAUCCCAUCGUCAUCCCCGGGGCCAGUCGAAAUCAACGAAGCCACGACCGUGGUGUUCUUCCCCCACAACAACGAAUCGCUGCUGCUGGUGAACCCGCAGUUGCAGUCUGGACGCCACGGGCGGUUGCCACGAAUAGCGUAUCGAAGCAGUCUGGGAACUCCACGAACCCCCGAAAUGCCCAUGCCGGACAAGUCGGAUGCGGGUGAGAUGAGUUCGCCAUUGAAGAAUCCUCGUCGGCCGCCGAAACCGCCCAUUCACAACUCCAGCAAUCCGUCGGUGCCGGCGGACGUGGUGGAUCCUCAAGUGGGGGAGCCGCUAAGAACCCAGGAUACCCACGACAACCCCCAGCCUCCCCGACGUGGCAGUAGGCGCUCUUGGCGAGUACGGCCCGGAUCCGAAUCUUUUAAUUCGUUUACGCGAUCCCUGUCAUUGAAGUCGGCCAAGAAUCGUAAAUCCGGGAAAGAGAUCGAUGAUAAGCUCCAGCCGUUCUGGCGACCCCGACGAUUCUGGGAGGAUUCAUCCGAGACGGAAGGUGACUCUCCUCGGGAUGAAACUCCCCAGGCUGCUCGAUCUGAGACCGAUCAGGUCAUCAAAAAUUCACUUGGAAUGCCCCAACCACGAGUGGCCUUCGAAGGACCGCAAAUCGCUCGCCGUAGUAGCCCCGAUAUGAGACGACGAUUCGAUGGGACGACGGCGCGUCGAAGCGCUCUCGUGGGCAGCGGCGUGUUCACGCCUGAGGCCCUGUACUCCCAGACCUCGCUUCACCAGCGGCACUUUCGAUCCCUUUCGUGGUGGAGAUUGCGAUUUCGCUUUGGUUCUGCGCGGGACUUCCGCCGGCGCCUGAGGCGCCAACUGCAAAGACGCGCGGAGGGCAAACGAGAAGCACGACGAGAAAGACUCAAGCAGAGCAUCGGAGAGGCUGUGUUCGUGGAUUCCAGCACCCAGACUCGAAGUAUGAUUCAGUGA